GUGCUGGAGGCGAUCUCGAUGGGCGAGCGACGAGCAGCCUCAUGUUUGUGGCACACAGCGAGCAGCGUGGCCGGGCGUGAUGGAUUUGCGGCGUGGCAGGAGAGACGGCCUUUCUAUGCGGGCAGCGAAGUGCAGACGAGGGGCACUAGCCCAGGCGUUGUGGAGCGCACGCGCGCUGCAGCCCUUGCCGGAUUCCCAGCAAGACGUCACCCCGCAGAACACGUGCGCGUGCGACGCCUUGCCGCGGCGGGCAGUCGUCCUGAGCCCCGCGGCAAAGGAAGGUCGUCCCCCGCUGCGAGGCUGCUGCUAGCGGCCAGGCCCUACCCACCGUUCGAGACCCAUGGCUUGACACCGGAGGCAAUUAUUCCUGUCUGACAAAUUGGGGAAGGAUGCCAGUUGCCGCCCUGUCUCUGUCCGCAUAUGGUUUGGGCGCCGCAGUGCGUUCGGCACCAUCCGGGCAACACGGUGCAGCACACAGCCGCCGCGAAACCACUCUGGCCGCUGAACUCGGGUGGCAACUGGCAACUGGCUCCUGCGGUAGAGAGGGCGGGUAGAUAACGAGCGCGCGAACAUCGAGAGCUCGGGAACAAACCAUGCUCACUUCCGCGGCUUAAGUUUGAAUACGCUAUUCUCGAAAGCGUGGUGCGAGAACGGCUUGGAUUCCGCGUAUCGUACGUACGUGCGACGACAUCCGUACGUGAGCUUCCCGGAAGGCGGUCCCGGUGCGGGCUCGCAGGCGAGCGAGAAGGCG